UGCACACCGGAAAUACGUCAUCAUCCGUGACCUUGGCUAUCUCUUCCUAUUCGGUUGUCUAACAGGUAAAGAGGACGGCAUGGCGAGCAAGGACCCCGCGGGUUUCCUCCAGCAGCUGCGGCAGAUCGCAGGCAGGAUGUCGUCUGGACCUCGAGGUGCAGGAACGGGUGUCAAACUGCUGCUCGGGGCCGGAGCGCUGGCGUACGGUGUGAAGGAGGCCACCUACACAGUUGAAGGAGGACACCGAGCUGUUAUCUUCAACAGGAUUGGAGGGAUGGAAAUGAACACGGUGCUCGCUGAGGGUCUCCACUUCAGGGUACCCUGGUUCCAGUACCCCAUCAUCUACGACAUCCGAGCCCGACCCAGAAAGAUCUCCUCCCUGACCGGGAGCAAAGACCUGCAGAUGGUGAACGUGACUCUGCGGGUUCUGUCCCGGCCUCUGGCCUCCAACCUGCCCGUCCUCUACCAGCAGCUGGGGAUGGACUACGACGAGCGCGUGCUGCCGUCCAUCGUCAACGAGGUGCUGAAGAGCGUGGUGGCCAAGUUCAACGCCUCGCAGCUCAUCACGCAGAGAGCUCAGGUGUCUCUGCUGAUCCGCAGGGAGCUGUUCGAGCGAGCCAAAGACUUCAACAUCAUCCUGGACGACGUGGCCAUCACCGAGCUGAGCUUCAGCCGGGAGUACACCGCCGCCGUGGAGGCCAAGCAAGUCGCCCAGCAGGAGGCGCAGCGAGCUCAGUUUUAUGUAGAAAAGGCCAAACAGGAGCAGAAACAGAAAAUCAUCCAGGCUGAAGGAGAAGCUCAGGCUGCCAAGAUGCUGGGCGAGGCGGUGACGAAGAACCCUGGCUACCUGAAACUCAGGAAGAUCCGGGCGGCGCAGAACAUCGCCAAGACGAUGUCCCAGUCCCAGAACAAAGUCUACCUGAACGCUGACAGCCUGGUGCUGAACCUGCAGGACAGAGAGAGCUUCAACAUGGCGUUGUCGAAGAAGUAAGAAGGCUCCCUCCUGCCCGGCUCUCGUCAUUCCUUCAGUCUCUGCAGAAAGAAACCUUCAUCAGGUUCCUCCUCUUCCCCAGCAGAAAACAGAAACCACCGUAAACGGACUUUAGUCACAGAGCCGGGCCUGUUCAGCUGCUUUCUGUUUGAAGGAGGAGUUCCUCUCUGAAGGAACCUGAAGCUUCCUGGUUCAGUGGAACUUCCUCUUCAAAGCAGGAAGAGGACGGUCGGCCCGUUAACCGUCUGAGUAAAGAGAAUAAAGAUUACUGACCCAUUGGAAAGAGUUUGAUUAAAACCAACAGGAUGUUUGUAUAAAACACAACAGCUGCAGUUGGGUCAGACUCUUCAGGUAGAACUUCCUGUCCUGUGGGUUGUUUACCUUUCUGUGUUUACAGGAAGUGUCUGAAACGGGUCGACUCCACCGCAGCUUUGUGUUUUUCUCUAAAUGUUUCCUGCAGUUAAACAGGUUCUGUCUGAAAGUGUCACUAAGUCACUAAUUAUUAAUAUUAGAUCAAUAACUGAAUGUUUUUGUUUUGAUCCUUCGAAAUGUUUGAUAAAUUCAUCUGAAAAUGUGA